CUCCUAGUGACCCAGAUACUGCCAUUAGCAGCAUCCUCUCUCCUCAGGGAGGCAAGAAUUUGAUGCCUGAGGUCCUAGGCAGUUGAGGUCUUUGACAAGUGAUGUGAGAGUCCCGUGUGUCAUAGGAAGCUCCCCACCUCCAUCUGGCAACCCUGGCCACGAGUAGUAGGUUGUUCUUUCUCCACCCAGAGCUUACCGCUCAGGUCCCCCUCGCCAAUUGAAACAAACACCCUCUGACAUGCCCCGGAUGCUGUUGCUCAUCGUUAUCAUGGUCCAUCCAGGAUCCUGUGUUCUCUGGGUGUUCCAGCCCCCUGAGAUUCGUACCCAGGAGGGCUCUGCUGCCCUCUUGCCCUGCUCCUUCAAUGCCAGCAGAGGGAGACUGGCCAUUGGCUCUGUCGCGUGGUACCGGGACAAGGUGGCCCCAGGGAAGGAAGUGAGGAAUGAGACGCCAGAGUUCAGGGGCCGCCUGGCCCCUCUUGCCUCUUCCCGUUUCCUCUGUGACCACCAGGCUGAGCUGCACAUCUGGGAUACCCAAGACUGUGACACUGGAGUCUACGUGUGCAGGGUGGAGGUGCUGGGUCUUGGUGCUGGAACAGGGAAUGGGACUCUGCUGGUGAUAGAAAAAGGACCUCCUUGGCUGGGGGCCAGCACAGUCCUCCUCCUUCGGGUGGCAUUCUAUGCCUUCAGCUUCAUCUCUGUGGCCAUGGGCAGCACCAUCUAUUACCAAGGCAAAUGUAAGGAAUGGGGCCAGGGCAAUGGUGGAAGAGAGCUGGAGGAGGGGGAGACAGAGACCAGGAAGAGGAGGGCUGUGGCGAUGGGCAACCCCUGUUGUCUCUCCUGCAGGCCACUGUCACCUGGGAACAUGCUGCCACUCCUCAGAUGGCCUCUGAUGAGUGAUUCGAGACCUCAGCCAUCCCAACCCUCUUCAAGAGACCCCAAUAAAUCCUUCUCUGCCCCACCACUAACUCCUUAUGAGUCUCAUGUUUUUUCCUUUUCCAUUCUCCAGGUACCCAAAAAUGUCCCUCUCUGGGGUCCCCUGACUCUUCCUAACUCUCCCUUCUGCCAAGCCUGGCCUGGAAAGGUCCAAGGAGCGACCUUCCCAGUAAUUGUGUCUGGAGCCUCUCCCAUCACCAUCCAGGACUCAACACCUCCACCUCUCUGGGGUGCAGGGGGCUAGGUCUGAUUCUCCUGAGAAAUGGGGCAUAUGGGAUCGGAUUAGCCCCACCUCCCCAUUCCAGCCAGGCUCACACAUGUACUCUUUCUGGCCUUCAGGGAAGCUUGGGUUCCUAAACACCCGAGAAAUCACUACUCGACCCCAGAGUGGGUGGGAAGAUAACCUUGCUUAAGUUUUGAUGGCGGUCAUGCUGAAAUGGGACUGAGUUGAGUUGAACUGAGAACCCCAAGGCACAGAAGGUGGUGAGACCACGGUCUUUACUGGGUGGGCCACAGUCCUGGGUUGGGGGAAGGCGUUUGGGGGAGCUCAGGUGGAUUAGUUCUUGGCAAUGCAGGCAUAGUCACUGCUGGGGUCCUCCUUGGAGCCUUCCCUUUGGCUGAGGCCAGGCCCCUCACGGCAAGGCACGGACAGCAGAGAUGCGUAGUGGAGCUCUUGCUCUGAGAGCUGGGCCUGGGGCGGGGGUAGAAGGUGCUGCUGGGAGGUCACCGGAGGAGCCCCCUCCCCUGGGUCCUUCCUUGUGCUGCUGCCCACCCCGCUGUACCUCACUGCCUCCUCAGUGCCCCCUGCCCUCUGUCUCUGCCAGCCUAAACUCCUGCUCAUUUCUC